ACAGCUGGUUUUGACAGUUUGUUUCUAGAAACAAAUAGAAGAUUGUUUAUGUUUGUUUUUGGGCGAGAAAUCUUAAUUUAUUUGGUGUUUAAAGGGAAAUAAAAUCAGUGAAUAAUAAUGGCACACUACAAAGGAGCCGCUAGUGAGGCAGGACGUGCAAUGCAGCUAAUGAAGAAGCGAGAAAUCGCGCAGCAGGAGAUUGAAUUCAGGAAGAAGAAAAUCGAGGAGGAUCUUCGGGUGCACAAUAUUGAGAAUAAAUUCGCCAGCCACUAUGAUGCGGUGGAGCAGCAGCUCAAGAGCUCCACAAUUGGGCUUGUUACGCUGGAUGAGAUGAAGGCCAAGCAGGAAGAUAUUGUGCGGGAGCGUGAGAAGAAAUUAGCACAGAAGAAGGAGGAGAAGGAUAGGGAGAAGCUGCGUGCCUUGGAAGCGAAACAGGCUGAAAAGAAUAAGCAACAGAAGCAAAUUCAGGCGUUAUCAUUCACCCUGGAUGAAGAUGAGGCUGAGGAUGAUGCCUCAGAAGAAGAGAAGGAGGUUAAGAAAAGCCCAAAGAGAUCGUGGAUGGAUGUGGAGGAUGUGCCGAAGAAGAAAAUCAAGAAGAAUCCCGAUGUGGAUACGUCAUUCCUGCCAGAUCGUGAGAGGGAGGAGCGUGAGAAUCGCCUCAGGGAGGAAUUGCGCCAGGAGUGGGUGGCACAGCAAGCUACGACGAAAGAUCAAGAGAUUACAAUCACCUUCAGCUACUGGGAUGGAUCUGGGCACAGGAGGAGUGUGGUGAUGAAGAAGGGUCAUUCAAUCUAUCAAUUCCUGCAAAAGUGCCUGGAACUGCUGCGGAAGGAAUUCAGUGAGUUGAAGACAGUCAUGGCGGAUCAGCUGAUGUACGUCAAGGAGGAUCUCAUCCUGCCGCAUCACUACACCUUCUACGACUUCAUUGUGACCAAGGCGAGGGGGAAGAGUGGCCCCCUCUUUCAGUUUGACGUUCACGACGACAUCCGGAUGAUCAGUGAUGCCACAAUUGAGAAGGAAGAAUCUCACGCUGGGAAAGUUCUCCUCAGAUCGUGGUACGAGAGGAAUAAACACAUCUUCCCGGCUAGUCGAUGGGAACCCUAUGAUCCCACAAAGACCUACGAUAAGUACACCAUUAAGGAUAAGAAGGUCACGAAAUAUUUUUCAGUCAGAGUUUCGGUGCAAGGUUGGUUUGAAUAGAAUAAUAAGAUUAAAGCUCUUCGUCAGGUUUACAAUAUUAAUUGGUCAAAGGACAGAAGACCAAAUGUUUCAGUCCCGAUGGUCCCGAUAUUCCACCAUAUAAAUUGGUCAAAAAGACCGAAAUGCUUCAGUGAAAUUGACUGAAUAAUUCAGUUAAAUGACAUUACGAGACCGCUUCAACCAUUUAAAUCAUUUGAAUUGGUCAAAACGACCGAUAAACUUCAAAGAAAUUGACAAAAUAAUUCAGUUAAAACGUAUUGCGUAAGUGCUUUAACCAUUUGAAUUGGUCAAAAUCGAUAAAAAAAACUAGUUAAAUAUCUUCGACCAAAUAAAUUAGUCAAAAUGCUCUCGAAGAAUAAAAUGGUCAAACAUCCAUCAAAUAAAUUGGUCAAAAUAACCAAAUUAUUGACAAAAGUAAAUUGGUGGAAGAUGUGGAAGAUCGAGUUUGAAAUUUACAAUUAAAAAAGCUGAAAUAAUUUUAACAGUGUAAUUUAAGUAUAAA